AUGUCGUUCGCAGCCGGCGCGGCCAAGCGCGCCGUCGCUUCCACAGCUUCUACAACAGCACGGCGGACGUUUGCCAGCACGGCGCGGCGACCGGGCGGCCACGGCUCGCAGUACGACCCGCCGGGCGGGUGGCUGUUUGGCGUCAAGCCGGGCGAGAAGUACAAGAACGAGGGGUGGGAGAAGCCCAUGUUCUGGGGCUUCUGCGGUAGCCUGCUGGUGUUUGCAUGCAUCGUGCCCUUCAAGCCGGACACCUCGAUACAAACCUGGGCGCUCGAGGAGGCGCGGCGGCGGUUAGAGGCCGAGGGCAUCCUGCAGGAUCCGUUCCCGCGGGCCAAGUAA